UCUUUUGUUCAUCUCAUUUUGUGACAGAACUUCUCAAAAAGGGCGGCACAGAAAAAUUCUUUUUUGUUUUUUAUUUUCUUCGGACAUGAAUUAUAUGAGUUCCGAUUCGGCGAUGUCGGGAAUUGGGAAUUUCUGCUCGGAAAAAAUUGUGAAUAUGAGAAACAAUAAUAAAAUGAGAAUUAGGGUUUCUCCUCCGCAGCGGAGAUUUGCUUCCGGAUCGUCGUUUUGUGACCGCCAAGCGCAGCUCCUAGUUCAGAAUCACGAGAAUUUCAGAAAGAGUGCGGAACCGAUGCGGGUCAUGUACUACGACGUGAACGGGUCGUGGGUGGAUUAUCCGAAGGAGGUUUUGGAUUUGGUGAAGGUAAGCUUCUUGGCAGGUAAACCAAUGGUUGAGGUAAAUAUUCGAGGUUGUGAUUUUUUGCUUGAUUUUUAUAGGAUGUUGGAAAUUCAAUUUGAUAGUGGCGAUGAAAAGUCAAUUGCUUGGAUUGAUGUGAAAGGGAAGUGUUUUUUCCCUAAAGUUUUUGUUAAUUCUAGUGAGGCUUUUGUGAGUUAUGAUCGAAAUGAGGAAAUUUUGGGGAAUAAGUGUCCCAAAAUUGAAAUUGAGGUAAAGAUUUUGGAGGAUUCUGAUAAUUUGGACAGUUUAUCGGGCAAGAGAAAGAGAGUCAGUGAGGAAAUUGAAGUCGAGCAAAUUGAGAGGGGAAAAUCGGAGGGGACUUCGUCCAAUGUCAGGAAUCUAGAUGCUAAAAGGCGGCAAAUUGUUGCGAAUGAAGUGGAUAAGGCGAGGUGGGAGAAGACUAAGCUGUUGAAGGAAGGGGAGAAGGAGUAUACCAUUGUUAAAAAUUUGUUUUUGUCUGGGUUGCGAUCGGUGGAGACUGAUGCUACAAUCACUAGGAUUCAUCAGUGUACAAGGACGGGGGUGUUGGACAAGGCGCGAUAUGAAGUUUUUAUGAAGCAGAUGGAGAUAAUGAAGAAAGCUAGAGGAGAUGCCAACAUGGUUUUUGCAUGGCAUGGGACGUCAGCAGAGGGUGUAGAUAGUAUUUUGGCUCAUGGGUUUGGAAUGCCUGAUCAGGUCCAAACUCCUCGACCUCAUGGAGUUGGUGUAUAUUUAUCUCCUGCUAAGUUACCGCAUAUCAGUGCCAUGAUGUCAGACAUAGAUGAUAAUGGCGAAAAGCAUGUAAUUUUGUGCCGAGUCCUGUUGGGCAAAUGUGAGAAAAUUGAGGCUGGCUCUAACCAGAAGUUGCCUUCAAGUUUGGAUUUUGAUACUGGUGUGGAUCAGUUGACAGAUCCUAAGUGGUAUGUGGUAUGGCCUACCAAUAUGAGUACACACAUUCUUCCAGAGCUGGUGGUCAGCUAUAAAUCUGCCAAUCAUGUGCAAGGUCAAGUUACUGGUACUCCAUGUGUUAAGUUGGAUUCUCCUGUGCCAAGUCCCUUUGUUGCAAAGUUAUUUGCCAAGCUUGGGAGAUCUCUUCCUCCUCUCAAAGUUCUUCAAUUACAAACUUUGUGUGGCUCACUCAAGGAUGGGAAGGUGGGGAAAGAUAUGUUUAUGGAACAGUUGAGAUCAGUUGUGGGAGACGAAAUGCUGCGCUCGGCUAUUAAUGAAAUUCGUGGUUGAGAUUGAGGUCCUUUUAGUUUUAAAAUGUUGGAAAACAAAGAAACUAUCCUUACUUGGAGUUUCCUUUUUAUACAGACCGUGUAAUGUUACCUGUGAUAGGAUCAUGGAGGGAAUCCUCAAAUACAGCAGAAAACUUAGGCUUAUACUAUUUUACUCUCGCAACUCCUUUUGUAGUUAUGGUCACAUUUGUUGUUGUUGUUGUGAUGCUUCUAGUUAUUUAGAACUUGUUUUCAGCAAAGCUCGGUUAUGUAAUUUCAUUGGCAUUAUGAUCCUCCUCCUCUCAAUUUUGAGGAGAAAUUCUUAUGUUGGGAUCAAGUUAUAUGCUGUGGGGAUGCUAUGUGAAUAUUCUCUUGUUAGUCAAAUUAUAAAUUUGUUGCAA